AUGAAUGUCGAAAGAUGCAUCGCGCUACACAAUGAGAUAUUGCGCCACGGUUGGGUCAGCUCAGGUCGCAGUCCAGAGUCUCUCGAAGCCACCUGCAAGACAUGGUUCGACACCUUUGGCGAUGAUGCCGAGGCUGUUCGUUCCCAGCUUUCGCCUGAUCUUGUUCAGUUUCUCCAAGAAGCUCGAGUUAUUGGUUAUUCUGAAAGUGUAGUCGAUCUAUCCUUCUUCUACUGGCUACAAAAUCUCGCUUCGCCAAACUUCAUGUUUGAGCAAGCGGAAGAUUGGUCAGACGAUGGAGAAGAUGGCAAUCUUUUGGUUCUCUACGAGAUGAACAACUUCUCGGGUCACUGGUGCGGACUGGUAUAUGAUCAAGAAGCGAACCUCUGUAUCUUGAGCCCAAGCAUCCAUGACGCAGAUGAGGUCUUUGAACAGAAAGUGUGGUACCCAUUGGAAACCGCUCUGGAGUUCUGGUUGGGCCAGAUUCGGAAAGGGAAGAUCGUUGCUGCGCCCAAAGCUAUACACGAAAGAUCUGGCAAUGAGCGCUACGACCCUUGGGAGUUUAUCCCGUACAGCAAAUCCAUGCUGGAAGAGAAUCCGAGCACGCAGAAGCUGAACAAGUUGUACAUGGGCUGGUCGAAGAGAGCAUACUUCAAAGCAUGA